UAGCUAUACCCUACAAAUCCCGGGUAGGCCUAGGCCUAUCAAUUGGCCGCUCAUUUCUUGCUGUGUCAUUGCGUGAAGAAGAUAACCCAAAUGACCGUUGGUUUAAGUUCAUUCAGUUGAAAAACUCCUACAGCAACAAUACAGUGUUAAACGUUUUAGGCGACGGACUGAUAAAGCUCUAACAACAAAGAUGGCAGCUUUCUAAAGCUUGCACUAACUGGAAAAGUGGACCGUAUUACCAUAUGGCCAGGAUGAUCCUUCACUGUUGAAUUGUUUCGAUGUGUAAUCAAUGCUGUGUGAAAGUACAAGCAACGAAAUCUGACCUCCAAGCCAUUCCCUCGAGGAGAGUCCAGUCCCUCAGGGAGUAUUGGUCUUUAGCUGACUACACUGACCUGUGGCCAUGGUGCUGAAAAUAUUCUUCCCUCAGUGCUGUAACCGGGCAGACAGUGGGCUGCUGGUGGGGCAAUGGAUCCCGGGCCACAAUUCAGCUGUGGUCCUAGCAGUCAUCCACUACCCCUUCAUCCCCUGGCAGGUGAAGCAGUACAUCAACGAGAUACAGGGCCAGAGCCACGUGGAGCUGGCGGUGUUGGGUUCCUGGAGCAUGCCAAAGGAGGGCCAGGAGGGCAUGGAGAGCUUCCUCAGGGACCUGAGCACCAUCUUCCCCCAGCAACACUGGCUCCAGCUCAGCCGGCAGAUAGGCGAGAUAGGUUUCAGGUGUCAGGUGCUCCACCGAGACCAGAAUGGUGAGGAGCAUAUGGAACUGACAGAGGAGGGUGAUGGUGAGGUAGGGGACGGAGACAAGGGCAGGGUUAUCUUUGUCCACUAUGAGCAGAGGAAGGUCAUGCUGUCCCAGCUGCAUCCUGUAGAGAAUGGCCAUUGUGACCCAAAGGCCAACCGCACCUCAGAACUCCGCCUGGUGUUCCAGACGGUGGCCCAGGGGGAGCUGCUGUUCUCCCAGGACAAAUACGACGACGGGCCACUAAAGCUGACCCACUGGCAGUCGGAGGGCCGCGAAGCCAGCAUCAUUGUGGAGCUGAUGAAACAAGCGUCAGUGCCCCUCUGUGUGCUUCUCACCAAGCUGCUGGUCUUCUGGGCCUGGCUCUGCAGCCUGAGGCUCCUGAACACGCGUCCGGUGAGCUUUGUCUCCAGUAAGCUGUCCACCUGCGUCCAGCUGAGCUACAGGACCGAGCACUUGCAGAUGCUCAGCUCCACAAAGAGAGCCGACACGCACGCACACUUCAUGAGGAAAGCCAACACGUUUGUGUCGUUCCUGGUGGACGUCGCCCUGGGCAUGCUGCUCGUGUCCUGGCUCUACAGAGAAAACCGAAUCGGCCAACUGGCCAACGCGCUGGUGCCAGCUGCAGAUCACGUAGCUGAAGAACUGGAACAGCUGCUGCAGUGGCUGAUGGGAGCGCCGGCUGGCCUGAAGAUGAACCGGGCUCUGGACCAGGUUUUGGGGCGUUUCUUCCUCUACCACAUCCACCUGUGGAUCAGCUACAUCCACCUGAUGUCUCCGUUCAUUGAGAUGAUUCUGUGGUACGUGGGCCUGUUUGCCUGCCUGGGCCUGACCUUCGCCAUCUCCCUGCUGUCUGACAUGGUGGCGCUGCUCACCUUCCAUAUCUACUGCUUUUACGUCUACGGGGCAAGGUUGUACUGUAUGAAGGUCUACGGCUUGUCUUCUCUCUGGAGACUGUUCAGAGGCAAGAAGUGGAACGUGCUCCGACAGAGAGUCGACUCCUGCUGCUACGACCUGGACCAGCUGUUCAUUGGGACACUACUCUUCACCAUCCUGCUGUUCCUCCUACCCACCACCGCUCUCUACUACCUGGUCUUCACUCUGCUCCGCCUGGUGGUGGUGCUGUUCCAGGGCAUUCUCCACCUCAGUGUGGAGUUCAUCAACUCAUUCCCUCUCUUCGCCAUUGGCCUGAAGGUAGCCAGGCCCUACCAUUUAGCAGCGGGGGUAAAGUUCCGGGUGCUCUGUGAGGAACCAGGCACACCACUUCAUCUGAUGAUGGAGAUAAACCCUAUCAGCUGCAGCACUGUGGUGCAGACCUACCGGAUGCCCACCUACAGCUGUUACCCCAAAGACUCCUGGGGAGCACUGGUUAAGAAACUCUUUCUAGGGGAGCUCGUCUACCCGUGGAGACACAAGGGAACCAAGAUUGACUGAAGAACACUAGUGAGGAGAUGAAUACGAUGCAGAGGGGAGAGGGUGAGGAAGUAGAUGUGGGAGAUAAAUGGACUAGACAAGUAAUACUCAGGUUAGUUGAAGACUCAUGAGCAGGAGAGAGGGAGUGUAGGAGCGCCAUAUAGAGCAGAGGGAGGUGUGUGGGUGGGGGGGGGGAGUGCGUGGACAGGGUUUCGUUUUACAAAUGAACAAACGUGUGUCGAUGUUACAGAAAAGGGGGACGAUGAUCCCUGACUAACAAUCAGGUAUUUGAAGCAUUCACUGCACAGAUGAAGUAGUCUUAUUUAACCCUAGAUUUCUUUUUCUUACAUUUCAUAAUUAGACAAAACCAGUUUAAUGUUAUUCCAUUCCGAAUGUGUAGAGAAAGGGUUUAAUGUUAGACUUUGUCAACAAAAGUUUAUUGAAUAAAUAUGUGUGUUCAUUUUUUUGCGUUUUCCUAUGCAUUUGACAGUUGUCAUGACUUCCUGUUGUGUUCAUCAGUAGGAAUCAACCUUCCAAUUGUUCCAUGUGAAAUGCAUAGAAAGAUGACUAUAAAAUGCAUAGAAGAUGAUCCUCGUUCCAUCUCUCCUAACUUUCUAGGGGUAAGCCCUCCUGGACCAUUCCCUAGGUGUUCUAUAUAUAAUACUUUCACCAACACUCCAAUUGGCAGCUAGCGCUAUCCCUAGGAGAACUUUAUGGUUGUGAUUCACCUCUGUGUUAUAAACCCAUAGAUCAUGGUACUUGGCAUGGGCAGGGCAGAUUGUACAGGUUUGUCCAAUCAGGUGGCUGCUCACUUUGUCCUGGCCUCAGUGUGUGUCAAGUUGCCCUGGAAUCCAAUCAUAAUAAUAGCUAACCUUAAGUGAUAGUACACUUGUAUGCUAUGUAUUUCCAUUUUUACAUCUAAUUUGUCCUUUCCAUUAACAUUUAGUUUUCUCCUGUGCCAAAGUGUGUUUACUUAUCUUAUUUUUAAAACAGAUUUUCAAUCAUUUCGACUUGAAACAGAGACAUUAUUAAUUUUUUGUUGGCAUUGUUGUUUGAUUUCACUUGAUAUUGUAUUGUUGAAUAUCAGUCUUAUCAGUGUUUGUGUUCCACUACCAUUUGAAUAAACUAUGGAUUAUUU